GUCCACUGCGCUGGCUCGAUUCCUAUCCCCGCCCCACACACAAUCCAGGCUUACCAGCACCGUCCUCCCCCAACAUCUUCUCCAGCCAAACCUUCAAGCCCCGAUCACUCUAUGGGAUCCCUGUCCGUUCCGAUGGAAAAUUGGCAGCAGGAUUACCCUGCCCUGAAUACUGACCCUUCCGGCGCCGACCAUCUGAAGAUGAUAGAGCACCUCCGCCAAAUAAGGGCGGGGCCGGUGGUUGAGGAACUCGACAUCACUAAGCUGCACCCAUCGGAUCUCCGCCGGUGCUUCCCCUUAUCGAUCAAGUACGUGGUAGGGACGAGGGCGAAGGAAUGGGAGACACAGCAUGGGUCGUGGAAGGAAAAAACAGGCUCGUUCUCCGCCUUGCUGGGCGGGCCCGACACUGUGUACGCGGGGGCGAAGAGGACCAUGGAGUUCUACCAAAAUGGUACUGCUACGGAUUGGGUCAUGGAUCAAUACUUCGGACUGGAGGACGUGUUGACUGGCUUUUUGAUGGAGGACCGUAGGACGCUCUGCCAUGUAUACCAGCAGAAACGCAAAGGGCCGCUCAAUUACAAAGAGUAUUCUCCUCCCAAGGAAAACCUCUGGUGUAACUUCGUGCCUGAAAACUAUGGCGUGGAUGGUCUGCUACCCACUCAGGAUGAACAUUAUUCGCCAUUCUUCCAUGAGAACUUUACAAAGAGCCAGAACCAGCAAGCGGCAAACAAUCAGGAGGCUGUGCUGCUACCGACGGCAAAGCGCAAAUCAGAUGUUUGGAAUGAUUUCACCAAGAUAUACGUGAAAGAUCCUGCUGGCAAUCUCAAACAAGAGUACGCGAUGUGCAACUCCUGCCACAUCUUGCUAAAAGCUCCUUCAAGUUACGGCACAACGCACCUACGAAGUCACAGCGGAACCUGCGGAUGCAAACGCCUGCAGGCUGCAGCAGCAAACACAGUAGCCACCACCGGACUGGUGUUCUGAAAUGCUAGACUAGCAGAAAACACAGGACCUACGCAUUUCGACGCGCGCGAGCACCACAUGAGGCCAUCUCCAACGGAAAC